UGCCAAAACAGAUGAAAAUCCAUCUGCAUAGCCACAGAAAAUAUCAAGGGAUACCUCAUUUGAAAACUUUGUAGGUUUAAAAACUACAGCAUCAUUUAGACUCCUAUUCAUCCACCCACUUUGGUUGUUUAUCAGAACAGCUAAUAUCUCCAGGCAAUAGGGAUGGGAUUAUUAUAACUGCUGUUCAUGUGUGUGGAGUGACUGACGCAGAUGUUUUUACAAUAGAUGCUUUAUAAAAUGACAAAAUACUUUCAAACUAAGUAGGCAGCAUCGUUUGCAUGACGGACAAUUUCCAAAAUACCCACAAUCUUCCCCUUUCUGCCAGCUGUUUGUAUGCCCUGCUCCAGGAGUAAGCAAACUGCAAAAACAGUUUCUUGCAGGCAAGUCCGCAAUAGGCUUUAAAAAUCCAAAACAAGGCCCAACAAAGGCCACUGAACAAAUGAACUCCAGUGCCACCUUGCCAGGAAGAGCUGCUCUGCAGACAGCAUGUUCAGUUAUUUGUGUUCUUCAGCGGCAACUACAAGCAGCACUGAGCCCUUUCCUCACAUUACAGCUUGUCUGCACCCUGCAGAAGGGCAGGACAGGGGGGUGUCCCCUGCUCACCCCAAUCCACCCUGCCCCGGGAGCUGCAGCUGGGAAGGCACAGACCAUCCCACAGCCUGGGUUUGGCCCCACAGCCUGCCGCCUUCCAGAGCCCAGGGGCAGCUUUAACAAAACACCAACUGGAACGCCAUUUUGCAACGACCCACGAGCCUUCCUCUCCAACCCAGGCAGCGCAGAGUGGGAGCUGAGGCCCCUCCCCAGACUCCGCACCCCCUAGACCCGGCGGGUCUGCCCGCCCUCGUCACAGCCCCUGCUGCGCCGCCAUUGGCUGGCAGACCGUGAUUGGCAGCGGAGCGGAUCAAUGGUAGGAGCCUGGCUGAGCGGGGCGAGGCGCGUUGUCCACAUGAGGCGACGGGGCGCGAGGCGCGAGUGGGCCGAGCUGACGGGAACGGAGCCACCCUGGCAGGGCACUCAUGGGCUCUCCGACGGCUACCCCAAGACUGCUGUACCGCAGCACCCGCCUGCUCCGCACGGCCUUCCAGCAGCUGCACCAGCAACAGCAGCGAGCAGAUGUCUUCUGUGAUGUGGUCCUGCAGGCUGAAGGUGAGGCAGUGGCAGCCCACUGUUCUGUCCUCUCUGUCUGCAGCCCCUUCUUCAUGGAGCAGCUGGGUCGGGAGCUGCCCCCCCGGGGUGGCAGGGUGGUGCUGGAUCUGGGGGAGCUGAAGAUUGGGGUGCUGCGCAAGCUGGUGCGCUUCCUGUACACUGCUGAGCUGGAAGCCACGCGGGAGGAGGUGCAGGAGGUACUGGCAGCUGCCCGCCUCCUCCGUGUCACUGAGCUGGAGUCACUGCAGCUCCGGGGGGGACGGCUGGUGCGGCCAGGACCCCCACGGCAGCUCGACCGCUCUUGUCUGCAAGCCCCCCGGCAGGGUUUCCCCAGGGCAGUGGGCAGCAAGGCUGAGCCGAGUAGUGCCAGCAUCCCCCCCAGGAGCACUGAUGUCCCUUUUGGGACCACCAGCAUCACCCCGCGGGUACGGCCAGGGUCUCCUGGGACAGCACAGCCGGGCCCUGUGGGGCGGGUGAAGCUGCGGAAGGUGGAGAGUGGGGAGUGCUGGGAGGUGGUGCGGGAGCGGCAUUGGCAGCCCCCCACCGCCCUGCCAGUGAGUGAGGUGGGGGUGGUGGAACCACAGCCUCCACGAGAUGUGGGGGCACCAGGGCGAGUAGGCAGGCGCUCACCCCCUCGAAAGAAGCAGGGCCAGGUGCUCCCUAUACCCCAUCAGGGCUGCAUGCAGGCAGUGCCCCCGGGGGUCCCCCCCAGUGACCCCCAGGAAGAGGAGGUGGACGUGGGGACAGCAGAGCCAUGCCUGCCCCCCAGCACCUUCUGUGUUUGGCCGUGCCCCUCCUCUGAGUCAGACCAGGAGGUGGAUGUCCUUGCCUAGGGGAGGGGUUGCACCCCCCAGACAGUGCCGGCAGGGC